AUGCUGUGUCACAAGUUCCUGGUACAGUGUCUGAGCUGGGGGUUGAUCCUGGCUGGGGCAAUGCACUUUGCUUCUCUUCUGAGGUUUCAUGCCUCUUAUGGCCGCUAUGUGGGUUUCUCUACAAGUGUCUGGAUGGUGCCAGCCAGGCUGGCUUGGUUCCUACAAGAGCUGCCUGCCCUCCUGGUACCUCUGCUCUUAUUCUUGACCUCCAGUGGACCUCAUGGUACUGGGAGCUACCUGCUCCUCUGCACCUUUUGUAUACACUACUUCCAAAGGACCUUUAUCUACUCUUUGCUGACCAGAGGACAACCAUAUCCAUUUGGUAUAAUGGUGACAGCAAUGUUCUUCUGUUCUGUCAACGGCUUCCUUCAGGCUCACUACCUAAUGCACUGUGCUGCUUAUGAUCAGACAUACCCGUCCACUACUUGUAUGGUGACAGGUUUAAUGAUAUUUUACUUGGGGAUGGCCAUCAAUAUCCACAGUGACAAUAUUCUGCGUAAUUUACGAAAACCUGGUGAAAUCAUCUAUAGGAUCCCAAGAGGUGGCCUGUUUGAGUAUGUGUCUGCUGCAAAUUACUUUGGGGAGACAGUGGAGUGGUUGGGUUAUGCCAUUGCAACCUGGUCCCUGCCUGCAUUCUCUUUCGCUUUUUUCAGCAUAUGUUUCAUAGGACCAAGAGCAUACCACCACCACAGGUUCUACCUUGAGAAAUUCAAAGAUUAUCCCAGAUCACGGAAACCUCUUAUUCCCUUCAUCUUUUAA